CGAGUUUACCAUGGCUGUAUUUUUCAAGCCAUUGAAGAGAAGUUAGGGAUAAAAGUACUCCAGCAAGCCGAUUCAUUAAACAAGAAUGGCGCAAUUCCCUUCAGAUAUCCUCUUUGACAUCUUUUCACGACUACCCAUCAAGUCACUUUUUCGAUUCAAGUGUGUCUCUCCGCUAUGGUCCAAUAUCAUUGAUGAUCCAUGUCUUGCUUACAUGCACCUAACUCGAUGUGUUCAAGAACCCAAAAUCUUACUUCUUGAUCAUCAUCAUCACACGCCAGAUGUAACGUUUACAGAAGCUGGGGUCUUCUUGAAGGCUAACAUGAAUUUAGUCCCAAAGUUUGCAAAUUCAAAAGCAUAUUUCUUAGAGGGUUGUUGCAAUGGUUUGCUUUGUUUUACAAAACGUUGUGAUGAUUGUGUUUUGGUUUUGUUUAAUCCUCUUAGGCAAGAAGUUCUAGCACUACCACCAUCUACAUCCUCUCCUCCAUUAGGGAAGAGAAAAUAUGGAUUAGGGUUUGAUUGUUUAACCAACAAGUACAAGAUUGUUAGUGUUUUCUUCCGGGAAGGUGGUUAUGAAAAUCCAGACUACAAUUUGGGUGCUCAAGUAUACACUCUUGGUACAAGUUCAUGGAGAACUAUUAGCAAAGGUCCUCCUUUCCCUUUAAUUGGAAAGCCUAUAUUUGCAUGUGGAGCUCUUCAUUGGCUUGUUAACUCUCAUGAUGCUUUAAAGGAUAAGAUUGUUUCUUUUGACGUUGGGAAGGAGGAGUUUGGCUUGAUUUCUCUACCAAAAAUUUGGGUUGGUCAUUUGUUUGAUCUAGGAGCAAACUUGGCUGUGGUUGAUUUGUCAUCUGAUACCCACAUCGAAAUUUGGGUAAUGAAGGAAUAUGAAAAGAAAGAAUGGAUCAAGGAAUACAAGAUUGAUAUUAAUGCACCAAUGGGGAUGCCAAAUAAUUCAUUGAUUGAAGUUAUAGGACUAUGGGGACUUGGUGAAAUACUAUUGAAGUACAAUGAAAGUUUAUUUUCCUAUAAUCUGAGGACUAGUGAGUUAAGGUACAUCCAGAUUCCAGGGCUCAGUAAUGACACAGAAGUCUUAUGUCACAUUGGUAACUUGCUAUCAAUUUCUAGGUUUUAA